AUGGCGCUGUUCGAGACGUCAGCUAAGGCAGAUUCGGAAGCGGACCAUGUUGAGUCGAUAUUCCUGACACUGCUUCAUAAGCUGCAGCAAAGCAAACCCAUGCAUGUGCAGAGUGAGGGAGAACGGCAAGCAAAGGAACAAGAACGUUUAGUAUUGAAAGCCAGUGAAGCCAACGAACUGCCUGAAGAAGGAUGGUGCUGCUAG